UGUUUAUAGAUUGCAAAAUAAGAAGCUCCAGUGUGUUCUGUUUUCUAAUGUGCAGCCAAGACAGGAUGUGCUAUCCUGAGGGACGGACGCAGGCAAACUAGCUUUUUUUUAUUUAUUCCCUUUGCCUCCCCACUGUACCGAUUCGCUUCAUUUGAAUGAUUAGGUGGGCUCUGCCUGAAGAAAAGUCACUGGUUUUAUUGAACUACUGAAAAUAGCCAGUGUCGCGCCGUAACUGGGAAUUAAUUGUAUAAUCGCUCUGUAAACUUGUUAGCUACCAAAGAGUUAUUCUAAUUACACAGAACGCAUAUGAUUAGCCACUUGGUGCCGACGCUCGGACACUUUUGUAAUUAACCGUUCAAAGAUUGGAGUAGAAAGAAGAAACCUCCCGAGGUGUACAUUGGGAAUGAAAACAAAAGCUUUUCCAGGCGUAUUCCUUCCUCUCCCAGGGGCCGGACGGGUGGCGUUCCAAAUUAAGUCGACCAAGGGAAAAUGAGUUACUUUCAAAAAAUUGCGUUGACGAGCGACAACCGAAACCCAGAAGGGAAAGGUAGAUCGAGGGUGCAAACCACUUCAAAUGGGAUCUGCUUAUUUCCUUUUCUCUCUUUGAGGCAGAAGACCAAAGGCAAACAAGCUCGGGUCUCCCUCCGAUCGCCCUGGAAAAGCUUAGCUGAAGAGGAAAUAAAGGCAGAGCAGGAGGUGGUGGAAGGGAUGGAUAUCUCUACUCGCUCCAAAGAUCCUGGUUCUACUGAGCGAGCAGCACAAAAAAGGAAAUUUCCCAGUCCUCCUCACUCUUCCAAUGGCCACUCUCCGCAAGAGACGUCGACGAGCCCUAUUAAAAAGAAAAAGAAACCUGGUUUAUUGAACAAUAACAGUAAGGAACAGUCAGAACUAAGACACGGUCCGUUUUACUAUAUGAAGCAGCCACUCACCACAGACCCUGUUGAUGUUGUACCACAGGAUGGACGGAAUGAUUUCUAUUGCUGGGUUUGUCACCGAGAAGGCCAAGUUCUCUGCUGUGAGCUCUGUCCUCGGGUUUAUCAUGCUAAGUGUCUGAAACUGACAGCGGAGCCAGAGGGGGAUUGGUUUUGCCCAGAAUGUGAGAAAAUUACUGUAGCAGAAUGCAUCGAGACGCAGAGCAAAGCUAUGACAAUGCUCACCAUUGAACAGUUAUCCUACCUGCUCAAGUUUGCACUACAGAAAAUGAAGCAGCCAGGGACAGAGCCAUUUCAAAAACCAGUGUCACUGGAUCAGCACCCAGAUUAUGCAGAAUACAUCUUUCAUCCAAUGGAUCUUUGUACGUUAGAAAAGAAUGUUAAAAAGAAAAUGUAUGGUUGCACUGAAGCUUUUUUGGCCGACGCCAAAUGGAUUUUGCACAACUGCAUCAUUUACAAUGGGGGAAAUCACAAAUUGACGCAAACGGCAAAAGUAAUAAUUAAAAUCUGUGAACAUGAGAUGAAUGAAAUCGAAGUAUGUCCAGAAUGUUAUCUAGCUGCUUGCCAAAAACGAGAGAACUGGUUUUGUGAGCCUUGUAGCAAUCCACACCCUUUGGUCUGGGCGAAAUUAAAAGGAUUCCCAUUCUGGCCUGCUAAAGCACUAAGGGAUAAAGAUGGACAAGUGGACGCCCGCUUCUUUGGACAACAUGACAGGGCCUGGGUUCCAAUAAAUAAUUGCUACCUCAUGUCGAAAGAAAUUCCUUUUUCUGUGAAAAAGACAAAAAGCAUCUUCAACAGUGCAAUGCAAGAGAUGGAGGUUUACGUUGAGAACAUUCGCAGGAAGUUCGGAGUGUUUAACUACGCCCCAUUCCGGACGCCAUACACGCCUAACAACCAGUACCAAAUGUUACUAGAUCCCGCCAACCCAGGGGCCGGCAUGGCAAAGACCGACAAACAGGAGAAAAUCAAGCUGAACUUUGACAUGACGGCGUCCCCCAAAAUCUUAAUGAGCAAACCUCUGCUGAGCAGUGGCACAGGCCGAAGGAUUUCUCUGACAGACAUGCCCCGCUCCCCGAUGAGCACGAACUCCUCCGUUCACACUGGGUCCGACGCCGAGCAAGACGCGGAGAAGAAGGCAACGUCUAGUCAUUUCAGCGCGAGCGAGGAGUCCAUGGACUUCAUCGACAAGAACACAGCCUCUCCAGCCUCAACAAAGAUGGGUCAAGCAGGGAGUUUGUCUGGCAGUCCGAAAUCUUUCUCUCCUCAAGCUUCAACACCUAUUGCUGCUAAGCAAGAGAGAACUUCCACUCCCGGAAGCAUUCUGAAUCUUAACCUUGAUCGCAGUAAAGCAGAGAUGGACCUGAAAGAACUGAGUGAAUCAGUCCAGCAACACUCUACCCCUGUGCCAUUAAUUUCACCAAAAAGACAGAUUCGCAGCCGAUUCCAGCUUAAUCUGGACAAGACAAUAGAGAGUUGCAAAGCACAAUUAGGAAUCAAUGAGAUCUCUGAGGAUGUCUAUACGGCCGUAGAGCACAGCGAUUCUGAGGAUUCUGAAAAGUCAGACACGAGCGACAGUGAAUACAUCACAGACGACGAGCAAAAAUCCAAGAACGAGCAGGAAGAUGGCGAGGAGAAGGAGAGUGGAAGAACUGACAAGGAGUCGUCCACCAUGAAAAAAAAGCCUAAGCCACCAGCCCCGGCAGAGGUUAAAGAGGAACUCAAGAACACGUCGCCUUCAGGGGAAAAGGCUGAACCCACAGCCAAGGAAAAAACCGGCCCCGACUCAGAAAAAGACUUUUCAGAGAAGGGGAAAAGUUUGCCGGUUCCAGCCAAGGAAAAAGUGAAAGGCAAAGACGACACCGACUCCCCUACCGUCCAUCUGGGUCUGGACUCGGAUUCUGAGAGCGAACUUGUCAUUGACCUCGGAGAAGACCACCCUGGGCGCGAAGGCCGGAAAAGCAAGAAGGAAUCCAAAGAGACAGCGGUAAAACCGGAAGCCACAGGCAAAGCCGCACCUCCUCCGAGCGCCAGCAGCCAGGCCCCCCCGGAAACACCAGUCCUGACCCGGUCGGCCAGCCAAACUCCCUCAGCCGGCCCGACCCCCACGACCAGCACCGCGUCCGCUCUCCUGGCCCCCCCAGCCGCCUCAGGGAGCCCCGUGAAAAAGCAGAGGCCGCUCCUCCCUAAGGAAACGGCUCCGGCCGUCCAGCGAGUCGUGUGGAAUUCGUCAAGUAAGUUUCAAACAUCUUCUCAGAAAUGGCACAUGCAGAAGGUCCAGCGUCAGCAGCAGCAACAACAGAGCCAACAGAGUCACCAGCAGCCUCAGUCCUCUCAAGGGACAAGAUAUCAGACGAGACAGGCUGUCAAAGCUGUGCAGCAGAAGGAGAUCACACAGAGCACCUCCACCUCGACGAUCACCCUGGUUACGAGCACCCAGCCGGUUCCUAUGGUUACCAGUUCAGGAUCCUCAAGCACGCUGUCUUCUUCACUGAAUACCGACCUGCCUAUAGCUACAGCAUCCGCUGACGUCGCGGCAGACAUCGCGAAGUACACAAGCAAAAUGAUGGAUGCAAUAAAAGGAACAAUGACAGAAAUAUACAACGAUCUUUCUAAAAAUACCACCGGAAGUACCAUUGCGGAGAUUCGCCGCUUGCGAAUUGAGAUCGAGAAACUUCAGUGGCUUCAUCAGCAGGAGCUCUCGGAGAUGAAGCACAACCUCGAACUGACCAUGGCUGAGAUGAGGCAGAGCCUGGAGCAGGAGCGAGACCGUCUCAUCGCUGAGGUGAAGAAGCAGCUGGAGUUGGAGAAGCAGCAGGCCGUGGACGAGACGAAGAAGAAACAGUGGUGCGCCAACUGCAAGAAAGAAGCCAUCUUCUACUGCUGCUGGAACACCAGCUACUGCGACUACCCAUGCCAGCAAGCUCACUGGCCUGAGCAUAUGAAGUCAUGCACUCAAUCAGCGACCGCCACCCAGCAAGAAGCAGACACCGAAAUGAGCUCGGAAACAUUAAGUAAGUCAUCCCUGCCCGCUUCUAGCGCACAGCCUCCCCCUGCAGAAUCGACCAACACCUCCAAAGACAAGGAAAGUCCAUCGGAGAAAAGCAAGGACACUGUCACAAUAGCAACAGGUGUGACAAGCAGCCAGCCUAUAAAACUGGUUCAAGUCCCGCAGACUACCACCUUUAUUCCAACCACUCAACCCACAAUUACAAUCCCCGUAGUGGUAAGUCCCACGGCGGGGACGGUGGCGAUGAGAACGGGGGUCCAAUACGUUCAGACGACGAUGCCCAUGCAGGUCCGAAGAGUCUGACCUCCUCGGAGGAGUGAAAAAAAAAUAAAUAAACCAGCAUAUUCCGGAGAGCGAGGAGACGUCGGAAACCUGUCCGAGGGAAAUGGGAGAAGGCGGCUCCGCCCUGCUUUGGAGAAACUUCAGAAGUCCAGACUCGAGCUUUGUACUGGAGUGCAAAGCAUAAACUACACUACAUUAAUGUAAAGCAUUAGCGCUGACUUUAAAAAGCUGCGGACAGUCGAAACCCACGUGGCUCCUAUGCUUCUGUUGUAAAUAAUGUACAAUUUGUGGAUGUCAUUAAACUUAGAGUACCACCUCCUUUUUAUAUUUGUAUUGACUUUAACUUAUAAAAGAGGGUUUUGAAGCUGGUCACGGGAGUGUCCGAACAUCUCCGUCGCAAAACUGGUGUUUAAAACUGGUCUGGUGUGGAAGUUGGCAGUUGCAAGUAGAAAUCAUCAGUGCUUGGUAAUCAAGAGGAAAGCCCGAACUCUUAAUUUGCAGUUGUGUACGCCCGGCGUGGGAACGAAAGCGAUCUCUACACAAAGACGUGUCAGCGGGCAAGCCAUGGUGACAACCUGUGCUGCUGAUGUUCCAUUUUUAAAUAACUAUUUUAUUACGUUAUUAUGUAAUGUUUGCUCUGUGGGCCUGGAGAACACACAAUGACGAGAUUUUAUUCUGUGUGGUUUACACAGUGACCAGAUUCCGAAAUGAGAAAAAAAGAAAAAAACCUAUGAUUUUUGUUUACAGAAAAUGAGGUUAAAAAAGCCAUUCAGUUUAUUGGCAAAAGAGUAGUAAAUGAUAGUACCGAGUGAAAAAAAUUAAUGUUGGGCAGUAGCAUCAGAAAUCAUAAACCUGGAAAUCUUUUCUUCUUCUAGUUUACUUUUUAAAAAAAUCCUCUUAAAAGACUCCGAGAUGCUUUUAGAGUGGAACGACAACUUGAACCUAAGAGGAGGAAAUGGAUAAAGGACCUUUAAUGCUGGGAUAUAGCAUGUAUUAUUUAUAUGAUGGGAUUUUAUGUUUUUAUGUAAGCAUGACACAGUACAGUAUGAGAGAAAGCAACCACCAAAAUGCUGUCUGUUACACACUACUUAUACUGUAGUACCAUUUUGUAUGUUGUGUAAAACGAAAGCAUUGAACAAAGCAAAGGUGAUGUAUGUAUAUGAGAAAAAUAAUUGUAUAUCAUUCCAGUACAUUUUGUUGUACAUUUUAGUCUUGUUUGAUUUUUCCCAUUGUUUAUAAAGGAAGCGAACUGUACAGUCUCCAGCUAGUACUCCCCCCACCCCCCGACAUUAGAGGAAAAAAAAAAGUAUUAGAAGGAAAAAAAAAAAGAGAAAGCAAACAUUUGUGAAUCGCAGUUGUUGAAAAUAGCCUAGCUGGCCUUAUUUGUGAAGCAUAAUUGCUUUUAGCAUAUGGAAGUAUUUUUUCACAUUUUCUUUGUAUAAAAUUUGUAUUAAACUUAAAUAUCUUUUUUGAUGAUUGUGUUUCUUUGUGACUGACGCAGGUGACACAGUAUGUGACACACAAUGUGACACACGGUAUUGUGACACACCGUAUGUUUUUGGGUUGCCCCAAUUUUUCAGGAAUCUUCACAUUUUUUAUUAAACUGUUUUGGAAAAAUG